AUGGCCUUUCCUGGACUCCCAGUCUAUACAUCUCGAGACCUGGUAACCUGGAACCUUGUUAGCCACGUUUGGAAUCGCCACUCUCAACUCCCUGGCUUCAGCUGGAAAACUCCAGGCCAGGCAAAUGGGAUGUAUGCAGCUACCAUUCGGUACCAUAAAGGCAUCUACUAUGUUAUUUGCGCAUACCUUGGGUUAUCCGAUAAGCCAAUGGGCGUUCUGUUCAAGACCACUGAUCCUCUGGAUAGUUCCCAGUGGAGUAAUCCUACCAUCUUAGAUAUCAGCGAAAUCGAUCCGGACUUAUUCUGGGAUGACGAUGGGAAAGCAUACCUUGCUACGGCUGGCAUCACACUCCAGGAAAUCAAUGUCAAGACUGGCCAGCUUGGAAAACCAUCCAAAAUCUGGAAUGGAACUUCGAAUGAGUGGCCUGAGGGACCUCACAUCUACAAAAAGGAUGGUUGGUAUUAUCUCUUGAUUGCCGAAGGUGGAACAAGCCAGAAGCACGCCGUAUCUAUGAGCCGCUCGAAGGCAAUCAUAGGACCCUAUAAGGCAUACGAGCACAACCCCAUUCUUACCAAUAGGGAUACGGACGAAUACUUUCAGAGUGUUGGCCACGCAGAUAUAUUUCAGGACUCAAAUGGACACUGGUGGGGAAUGUGCCUCGCAACCCGAUCAGGCCCCUCAUAUCAGCACAUGCCCAUGGGGAGGGAGGCGGUUCUCUUCAACGUCACCUGGAACGAAGGCCAAUGGCCGAGAUUAGAACCUGUGCGUGGCCGAAUGCCGCGAGUUCCAUUGCCUGGAUUGGGCUCGCCAGCUUCGGGCAAAGGACCGCUCGCUUCUGGGAACGAUCGGUUCGACUUUACAAAGCUGACCAGAAUGCCAUCGAGCUUUAUUCACCAUCGCGUGCCACCGCCAAAUGUCUUUUCACUGUCAAACAGAGGCUUAAAGAUUCGCCCUAGUCGAACCAAUCUUACAGGAGACUCAGCAUCAAAGGAGGUAGUGCUCACUGGGCAGAAUGGCCUGAGUCUUGUUGGUCGCAGACAGUCCCAUACGCUAUUCGACUUUUCUAUCGACAUUGACUUUAGGCCCCGCAUGAUAGGGCAAGAGGCAGGCCUCACCGUGUUUCGAACACAGCUUGAGCACAUAGACCUCGGAAUUGUACGCGUACCGAUCAAAGGCUCCCACGGUUCAGGCUCCCAACUUGUUUUUCGACUCAGGGGGGAGAGUCCGAGCACAACCAUCAAGACACACGUAACAUCGGUACCGAAAGGUUGGGAGAAGGCCAAAAUCAGGCUGGAGGUUACAUCGUCUGAUGGCUACGAAUACAUAUUUGCGGUUAGGUCAGUGGGGGCGCCUGGGUUUCGGAGGGUAAUUGGGACAGUCUCUACGACAGCUGUGAGUGGCCGCGGAAGCAAUGGAUUCUUCAUUGGGUCUAUGGUAGGAGCAUACGCCACCUGCAAUGGAGCAGGUUCCGGCAAAGAGUGCCCGAAAGGCGGAGGUGUGUCUGUGGGGAAAUGGGUUUACAAGGGUGUUGGGCAGAGAAUCUCGACUGACGAGAUUAUUCCUAAGAGCGGUCUUAUCAUCCCUUAG